AUGCUCGACACGACGCCCGGCCGGUCCAGUUGUAUAGACCAUACUGUUUUCCCCCACAUCCUCGACCACAUCAUCGAGGUCUCCGACCCCGCGGACCUUCACCAGCUCCGUGCCACCUCUCGAGCGUUCCGUGAGCGCAUCGACAGCCUCUAUUACGACCACCUGGCAGUUUACACGACCUCCCGGCGAGGCUCGCUCCCUGAACUCCCAGAGGUGGACGAGUACGGCGCGUGCGGCGAGUACUGCGUCAAGAUCAAUGUGGUCGAGCUGGACUCGCCCUCCAGUUCCUCCUCGCUCCCCAAGCUUGCCGUUGCCGAGCUCAAGGUUGUCGAGGUUCCCUCCAGUCCCAAGUCGGUGCGCUCUUCAAUUUCCACCUCCACAAGACCACAGCUGCGCGACGUCCAUGGCAGGCGUAUCCCUGGCCUCUGUUGGGAGGACGAAGACGCGACUCUCGCUGAGCGUGAGACGAUGAUUAAUCAUCUCGCCACUGUCCGUGUUCUCGACUAUCACUCUCGCGUUGACCUCGCCACUGUGGACGCCGAAAUGGCAGAGGCUUUGACUGGCCUUCAGGUGGUUCGCAGGUUCGAACCCACCGCCCCAGUCCUUCCCGCUCCCAAGAUUAUCGACUUCGCGUUCCUUACCCCGCACCAAGGUUCCCAUGCCCACGCAGACUCUUCGAUUUCAAGAAGCCCAUGCCAAUGUCCGUCCGCGUUCACGUUUGACGUACCUGCCGGCGCCAAGACGUCUGUCACCAACGUCUUCUACAGCCCCCGCCGUGUGCCCAUGCACAGCUUCCUGCAACUCGGCUACUGUCCCGACAAUAGCCACGCUGUCAUCAAAUACAUUCCCCGACCCGACCGUACAGGCUGUGCACCAACACCAUCGUGUGUCGGCUGCAAGCUCCCCAAGCUCGGUAUGCUCCAUCACCUGAUUGAGGAACUCGCGUUCCGCGUACCCUCUGUUACGCACACACUCGUGGGCAUGGACGAGAUUGACCGUGCCCUGCUCGGUUUGCCACCCAACACCACGAAUGAGGAGAUGCAGCAACACCUGGUGGCGGCGGUGCAGGAAGAGUGCUCGAUCCUCUUUCCGCAAGAGGUCGCCAUGCGGGUGCCGGACACCAUUACCUUCCUCACCCUUGCCGAGUAUCAGGCGCAGAUGUCUCCUGUCGAGUAUGCCCUGGAGACUGAGCAGUGA